GCUGCGGGGCGUUCCUAGACCCUUCUAGAACCCUCUCGGCCUCGCCGCCCCUGAAGAGGGCAGCGGGCGCCGGCGGCCCCGGAGCUGGCGCGCGAGCUGCUGGGUAACAGGCCUGGCCGCCCCUGCUCCGGUCGUCCGUGACCUCCAGGGCCCCUGACUGCGGGAGCCGCGGCGGAAGACAUGGGACUCCCUCCGUGCACCUGUGACGGCCACCUUGACUGGGGAAGCGGCGGCGUCUUCGAGGAAACCGGAAGCCCGUGGUGACCCCUGGCGACCCGGUUUGUUUUCAACCGGCUUCCAAACACCGGGGAAGCGAAACCCGGUGGCCUUGGGGACCGCCCUACGUAGCCAGGGUUCAGGCUGCCAUGGACACACUGGUAGAAGAUGACAUCUGCAUUCUGAAUCAUGAGAAGGCCCACAAAAGAGAGGCAGUGACCCCACUCUCAGCGUAUCCUGGAGAUGAGUCUGUUGCUUCCCAUUUUGCCCUGGUCACUGCUUAUGAAGACAUCAAGAAGAGACUUAAGGAUUCAGAGAAAGAAAACUCCUUCUUAAAGAAAAGAAUAAGGGCUUUGGAAGAAAAGCUUGUUGGAGCUCGAGUAGAAGAAGAAACAAGUUCUGUGGGCCGAGAACAAGUGAACAAGGCCUACCACGCUUACCGGGAGGUUUGCAUCGACAGAGACAACCUGAAGAGCAGACUGGAGAAGAUAAGUAAAGACAACUCGGAGUCCUUGAGAGCGCUGACCGAGCAGCUGCAGUGUAAAGAAGUAGAGCUCCUGCAGCUCAGAACUGAGGUGGAGACGCAGCAGGUGAUGAGGAAUUUAAAUCCACCCUCGUCCAACUGGGAGGUGGAAAAGCUAAGCUGUGACUUGAAGAUCCAUGGUUUGGAACAAGAGCUGGAACUACUGAGGAAAGAAUGUAGUGACCUCAGAACAGAGCUACAGAAAGCCAGACAGACGGGUCCAUCUCAGGAAGACAUUCUGCAGGACAGAGAUGUCAUCAGGCCGAGCUUGCCGAGGGAAGAGCACGUUCCACACCAGGGCCCUCACCACAGUGACCACAUGCAGCACGCGUACUGGGAGCUGAGGAGGGAGAUGGCUAACCUACACCUGGUGACUCGGGUGCAAGCCGAGCUGCUCAGACAGCUGAAGACGGCAGCUGCGGGCAAAGCCUGUACCCAAGUGGGAUGUGUUGAAGACCUUGGGAGAGACAGCGCAAAAUUGCACUUGGCAAAUUGUACUGCAGCUUACAAAAGACAUCCCCCUUUGUCACCACAUGGCAAAGCUACGUGUUAUGCUCCACCCUCCACUUUACCAGGAGAUAGGAAGGCUUUCUCAGACAAAGCAGUUCUUCAGUCAUGGACAGACAACGAGAGACUGACUCCUAAUGACGGUGCAGACUUUCAGGAGCACAACUCCUACGGGAGAAAUUCUCUGGAAGAUAACUCCUGGGUAUUCCCAAGCCCUCCUAAAUCAAGUGAGACAGCAUUUGGUGAAAAUAAAAGCAAAAUCUUACCUUCACCCAACCUGCCACCCCUGCAUUACCUGGAUCAGCACAAUCAGAACUGCCUGUACAAAAGUUAAUUUGACUUGGGCUUUGAUCGGGACACUAACUCACUGGUUCUCUCAGACCGACAGUGGACUCUGACUGACGUCCUGUGGAGCUCUCCAGUGUGUACAUCUGUACAGUCUGCAGCAUUAUGUAUGUAGUUGAUUUUCCAGUAUGGGAACGGAACCUCCGCGGUUGGACCUUUGCUAACAAUUACAAAUUUUUGCUUCUUGGAACACGAAUGGAAAUGAAAAUUUUAGACAUGGUUUCAUAAACUAUGACCUGCCUAAAUAUCCAGUCAUUAAAUAAAAAGCAGCCUUUAAUAUAAGAGAAAAACCAUGUCUGCUGGUUCAGAUUGUAUCAAGAAGCAAUUGAGAGUGUGACUAGGUUGUGCUUCUGUAACUUCCUGAUGCAUAAAGAUUUGAAAUAUGGAAUAAAAGUAGGUUAUGACA